CUCGCCAAUCGCUAGACGAAACUCGUUGCAAUUGAUAUUUGGAAACAUAAAUUGUAACAAUUUUCUUCGAAUUUUAAUUUUCAAGAACCUUCCUGUUAUUUAGAUAAGAAAUAUCUUUUACAUAGGUAUUAUAGAACUCUACAAUAUGGCAGUGGCUUUGUUUGUUUUACGAAAGGCACUUGUACAAAAUAAUGUGCUUUGCCGAUCUAUUAGUUGUUCAUCUACACUGCAAUCAAAACAAUGGCGGCUCUCAAAGGGACUAUCAUCAAAUCGCAAUACUGAAGGAAUCCUUACGGAUGGCCCUGACUACACAUUUUUAGACGGCAGACCUACACCUUUGCUUCAAAAGCAAAGACUCAGGAUGUUAAGGCAACAAGAAUAUGCUGCAAAGAUUGUUGAACUAUCAGCAGAAUUAGAUUUUGCAAAACAAAAGUAUCAGGAUGACAAUAGAAAAGAGGAAGCCAAAAGAGAUGCGAUUAUCAAAGAUAGAUUAAAGAGAAAAGGGAAGAAUCUAAAGGGAAAAUAAUUGUAUUAUCAUAGUUGUAUAGUUAAUUAAGUAGAAAAUAAAUUUGUUUAGUUAUA